AUGAUUCUCAAGCUUAUUUCGUAUGCAGGAACUGUGUUCGGAUUCCUAUUUUUGACGUUGUCAAUUGCAUCUGGACUAUACUAUAUCAGUGAGCUUGUGGAAGAGCACUCUGAGCCUACCAAGCGGUUUUUGACAAGGACGAUUUACAUUAUUAUUGGUAUCUAUGUUCUUCUGCUAUUAUUCGAUUCUUUCCCUUUUAAAUUGAGUGUGUUCUCAAUUUGCUCCUACCUGAUCUACCUACAGAAUCUCAGACAUUUCCCUUUCAUAUCAUUGAGCAGUCCCACCUUCCUGGCAAGCUGUGUUCUCGUAGUGGUGAACCAUUAUUUGUGGUUCAAACACUUCAAUGAUAUUGAGGUACCACCUCAAUUCCGGUAUGACCCUAACUACAUUCCACGCAGACGUGCAUCCUUCACUGAAAUUGCGUCAUUCUUUGGCAUAUGUGUGUGGUUCAUUCCAUUUGCUUUAUUUGUGUCACUUUCCGCUGGCGACAAUGUAUUGCCUACAACGACUGCCGGUCUAGCGAAAAAGUCUGAUGACGCUAACGCAGAGUCGCCAAGAUUCCGCAAGAAGGCAACUGGUCUGGCGCGUGUUGUCAUCGACUCAAUUAGAAACUACUUUUACUCCGCAGCGCGCAUGUUUGGAUACGACAUAGAUCCUAAUCGUGGUAGGCUGGUAAUUUAG